UAUUUAGAUGGGCCUAAGGUUGUACAUCAAUUUCAUUUUAUGUCUCUCUAAUUUAAUACAUUUUAUAAGGUCUGACCGGAGCAUGUUAGUGAAGUAGUUUGGUUUUUUUGUUGAGCUGUGUCUAUUAGCACUUGCAUCAAUUUUUAACAAUUUAUCAUCACAUGGUUCUCUCAUUUUCAUAAAUCUCAGUUACUCUCUCUCUAGACAGAGAUGUGGUGGGAUCACUCUGAGACAUCAUGAGCUCGUCUCCAAGCUCUGAUCUCCAUUUAUGGUGGAAAAUUCUGUCAUUUUUUCUUCUUCUGGUUAGAUCCUUUGGGCUCAACACAGAUGGAAUUCUCCUACUCUCUUUCAAGUACUGUGUUCUUGGUGACCCUCUGGGUGUUCUAGAGAGCUGGAAUUACAACGAUGAGACACCAUGUUCAUGGAAUGGUGUUACAUGUGGUACUCCGGGCAAUUCUGAUGCGUAUUAUCGAGUCACCGGCUUGUCUCUCCCCAAUUCUCAGCUUCUCGGUUCCAUUCCGGCCGAUCUCGGUUUGAUCCAAAACCUCCGAAACCUCGAUCUUUCCAACAAUUCGAUCAAUGGGUCUAUUCCUUCAUCGCUUUUCAACGCCUCUGAUCUUCAAACACUUGAUUUCUCCAAUAAUCUUAUCUCCGGGGAGCUGCCGGAGCUCGUCGGUGGACUAGGGAGUCUUGAGGUUCUUAACCUCUCCGACAACGCUUUCGCGGGAAAAAUCCCGGGAAAUCUAACCACUCUCCGUAAUCUGACUGUUCUUUCCUUGAAAGGCAAUUACUUCUCUGGUAGUCUUCCAAGUGGGUUUGAUUCUGUUGAAGUUGUAGAUCUGUCUUCGAAUCUGAUCAAUGGGUCGUUGCCUCCGAAUUUCACCCAAGGCAACAAUCUCCACUACUUCAACGUCUCCUACAACAGGCUCUCCGGCGAAAUUCCACCGGAAUUCGCAGACAAAAUUCCGGCGAACGCCACUCUUGAUCUGUCAUUCAACAAUUUCACUGGAGAGAUUCCGGAAUCACCUGUUUUCUUCAACCAGGAAACGAAAUCAUUUUCUGGAAAUCCGGAAUUGUGCGGUAGACCACUCGGGAAAUUAUGCCCAAUUCCUUCCACCGCCUCUUCUCUGCCCAAUGUCUCUGCACCAACCACUUCUCCGCCGGCAAUUGCAGCGAUCCCGAAGACCAUAGAUUCAACUCCGGGGAGCACUUCACCCACGUCAAUCAACGGGUCGGAGCGGAAAGGGCUCCGACCCGCAACAAUUGUCGGCAUCGUGAUUGGAGAUUUAGCUGGAAUCACGAUAUUUGCACUGAUUUUCAUGCACCUGUACCGGUUGAAGAAAAAGAAGAAGAGCGUUACAGAGACGACGAAGAAGAAGAGUAAAGACAAAAACGAAACUGAAAUGAGGAAGGAUUUCGACUGGUCAUCGUCCUCCGAAGAAUCUAAAUGGAUUCGUUCUUGGGCUUGUUUGGGAAAACGAGCAAACGAUGGCGAAGAAAUGUCUCGGACAACGAGCUCGGACAGUGAAGAGGUUGAAGAAGGGCAAAACAGUCAUGAUAGAAAUCAGAAUCAACAACAACAAAAAGAACAGAGAGGGUCGCUCGUGACGAUCGAUGGAGAGAAGGAGUUGGAGCUGGAAACAUUGUUGAAGGCUUCGGCGUAUAUAUUGGGUGCUACUGGUUCGAGCAUAAUGUACAAGGCGGUGCUUGAAGAUGGGUCGGCACUGGCGGUUCGGAGGAUCGGAGAGAGCAGUGUGGACAGGUUCAGGGACUUCGAGAACCAGGUCCGAGUCAUUGCGAAAUUGGUGCACCCCAACCUGGUUCGGAUUCGUGGGUUCUACUGGGGGACUGACGAGAAGCUUGUUAUCUAUGAUUUUGUUCCCAAUGGCAGCCUCGCCAAUGCACGUUACAAGAAAGUUGGCUCAUCUCCUCGUCAUUUACCAUGGGAAAUGCGGCUCAAGAUAGCAAAAGGGAUAGCUCGGGGGCUAACGUACAUCCACGAUAAGAAGCAUGUGCACGGUAAUCUGAAGCCCAGCAACAUCCUAUUGGGCGAAGAAAUGGAGCCGAAAAUUGGAGAUUUAGGGUUCGAAAGGCUCGUAUCGGGUGAAACUAGUUACAAAGGUGGUGGAUCGGCCCGAAUUUUUGGUAGCAACAGGUCCACGGCCUCUCGUGACAGUUUCCACGACAACACCCCAAGCCCAAGCCCAAGUUCUUUCGGCAUUUCGCCUUAUCAAGCACCCGAAUCACUUAGGAGCCUCAAGCCCAACCCAAAGUGGGACGUUUUCUCAUUUGGCGUGGUGUUGCUCGAGUUGCUAGCUGGGAAGGUCAUCGUUUCAGAUGAAAUGGGCCUUGUGCCCACCGGGUUGGAUCUUGACGAGAAGGCCCGGGUUUUGAAGAUGGCUGAUGUGGCGAUUCGUGCUGACAUGGAAGGCAAGGAGGAUGCCUUGUUGGCACUCUUCAAAUUAGGGUUAAGUUGUAUAUCUCCGGUCCCACAAAAAAGACCACCAAUGAAAGAGGUGCUACAAGGUCUUGAGAAGUUCCCAUCGUCUUCAUUAUCUUCGUCGUCUUCUUCAACAUACCAUUUUAUGGUCACCAAUAAUGAAAAGUGGACCCAAUUGUAGAGAGCUAUCUGUAUGAUUGACUGAUAGUUUGUUUUCUUAUGUUAAUUAGAUCCAUUUGAUCGUGAGAGGGUUUCUCAUGUAAUUGUCUAAGAUCAUGAUUGAAUCUUGUUGCGUCACUUACUUGUUAUGUGAAAAGUUUUUAUGUAGUAGUUUUUUAAGAUU